GAAUGCAAAAUAAUACUUGCGGAGUGCAAUAUGAUGUAAUCCUAGUACAAGCACAAUAAUUCAUGGUUUAAUUUGUCUUCUUAUAUUUGAUUUGAUUUAUCUAAAGCGAUAAAGAUAUUAUUCCGUCCGAAUUUUUAACUAGGGUUUGCUAUCUAUUUUGAAAAAAUUACGCCAAUCUCCGGAAAAGGAAUUGCGACUUCUGCUGUUGGGACUGGACAAUGCUGGAAAGACAACAAUCCUCAAAAUAAUGGCUUCUGAAGAUGUCAGUCAUGUUACACCAACCGCUGGUUUCAACAUCAAAUCUGUAGUUUCCGAUGGUUUUAAGUUGAACGUCUGGGAUAUUGGUGGUCAAAGGAAAAUAAGGCCAUAUUGGAAAAAUUAUUUCGAAAAUACAGAUGUACUGAUUUACGUGGUCGAUUCUUCAGACAAGAAGAGAUUGGAAGAGACCGGUAUCGAACUAUUCGAACUGUUAGGAGAAAAUAAAUUGGAAGAAGUUCCUCUUCUGGUUUACGCUAACAAGCAAGAUUUGCCUAAUUCACUAGCAUCAUCCGAAUUGGCGGAAGCGCUUGGGUUACACUCGAUUAAAGACCGAGGUUGGCAAAUUCAAGCUUGCACUGCAAUUACUGGUGAAGGUAUAAAAGAAGGAAUGGAAUGGGCAUGUAAAAGUGUGAAGAAGAAAUAAUUGUCAUUCUAUAUUUUAUUUAUUUUUAUUAUUGUGUUUUAAGAAUUUGGACAUCUGCAAAAUAAGGAAAAUCUAAAGUUUAUAAUACAAUUCACAUAUUGAUCAAAUUUUAUUCACAUAUGAUUCCUAUCGAAAUAACUUAGGUAAUGCUAGAAUUAAUAGUUCAUUUUAUUAUUAGAAUUUUAUAGAUUUCUAGCAGUACUAGUAAAAUUUCAAAGCUA